GAAUAAAAUCUUUUUUCCGGAUAAACCCCUAUCCUCUCUCUCCCUCUGUUCAUCGCAAAGUCGCGCACCGCCUCUCUUCCGCUUCUCCACCAGGCGCUCCAAAACCACCCCACCGGCUUCCGCCCUCUCGCCACCGCCGCCGCCGCCGCCCAUCACCGCCGUCUUCUUCUUCUUCUUCUUCAGCACAUCGCCGACCUCUCACGACCGCCGUCGCAGUCGCUUCACCAAACCUCAUUGCACGAGUCCGCGGCGCACACACCCAUAUACGAAAGAUGUCCAGGAAAGGAGCUCCGCUCCCGAAGGACGUGCCCUGGCGGGCGUCCUCCGGCAAGCCCAUCCCCAAGAUUCACCACAACCCCGUCCUCCGCGUCUCCCAGACGCCUUACUCCACCUACGCCAUCUCGGUCAUGAAGCAUCCUGACCCGAUCGGGAGCGGAUUGGGGAUUGGAGCGGUGGUCGAAGCUGCGGGGCCGGAUUGCAUCGUGCCUGGUCAAAUCCCGCCUGUUAAAUUGCUCGGUGUCAAGGUCUGGCCAAUUAAUGUUGAUCUGAAGUUCAUGGAACCUGUUGAAAGGGAACUGAAAUUGCUUGGGAAGUUCCUGGAUUCGGCUGUUAACCUCAUGAACAAGUCGUUCAUAGAUCGUUGAGUGCUUCAGACUCUCUUAUUUAGUUUAGAAACAAGCAUGUGAUUGCAAAUUAACCCUUUUCUUGUUGCGACAGAAUCGUAGAGAGAGUGGACCAUGAAGACAAUUUUGCUUUUGCCCGUUCUUGUGGAUGGACCAUUUUGAUUGACACCUGAGCUGGUCACUUGAGUAGAUAUCUUGGUCGUGGAAAUAAUGUAUUGCAUAGUAUUGCCUUUACAGUUACAAGUGUAGGCCUGAACUUUCUCCAAGAUACAAGUGGAUAAUAGAUAUACUGUUGUCAAGUA